AUGAAUGAAAUUAUAAAUGAAUAUCAUGAAGAAUUAAAAAUAAAUUUAAAAAAAAAUACAAAUACAAUGGAAAAUAUUAUUCAACAAAAUCCAAUUUUAUCUCAAUCGAAUCAAGAUUCACGAUUAAAUCGUUCAUUAGAAACAAGUCAAUUUGUUGCGGUUGCUGCAUCUAUUAAUUUAAAAAAUCUUCUUUCUUAUCAAGAUGUUAUGAAUGCAAUUGAACGUGAUUAUCAUUUACAUGAAGGACAAGAACGUGGAAUAAUUAUGAAAUUAUGGUUAAAAGGACAAACAAUGAUUGCAAUUUUACAACGUUUUAGAUAUUUAUUACAAGAUCUUAAUAUAGAUGAUAAAGAUUUUUCUGAAGGAUUAAAACAAAUACGUGAAAAACUAAAUUAUGCUCAUCGUGAUGUAUAUUAUCUUCAAGAAAAAAAUCUUAUACUUGAAAAUCAAAAUAAUUUUCUUGAAAAUGAAUUUAAACGACAAUUAGAUAAAAUAAUUGAAGAAAAAAAUGAACAUAUUAAUCGACUUAUACAUGUUAUUGAUCAAACAUAUACACGAUCAACUCAAAUAAAUAAUCAUAUUAAUGAUGAAUAUUAUUCAUCAAGUAAAUAA